CGCAAAAGAAACAGAUCUAUUUGUAAACAAUGGCAUCCCACAAUGAGAGGUACAAGGGUGGUGAAAGCAAGGGCCGAGCUGAGGAGAAGACUAGUCAGGCGAUGGGUAGAAUGGGGGACAAGGCCCAUGGAGCAGCGGAGUCCAAGAAAGAAUGGGCCGAAGAGCCCAAAGAUCAGACAGGAAGCUAUAUGUCGGAUAAGGCCCAAUCUGGAAAGGAGACGACCGGAGGGAUACUGGAGCAGACGGGUGAGAAAGUGAAGAGUAUGGCCCAAGGAGCGGCGGAUGCAGUGAAAAGCACUUUUGGUAUGGCCCACGAUGAUGACGUGGGCAAGGAGGGGACUGACCCAACCACUUACCGCAGGGGCUAAUUCGUAAUUCUGCUGUUCCUGUUCUGGUUUUUGUUUUUUCUGCAUGGUUUGUUGCUGUUGCUGUUGUGUUGUGUUACAUUUCCCUCCCUUUUUGUUGGAGGUCUGUGUUCCAAUAAGAACAUCCUUUGUCUUCGCUA